CGAUCAACUCCAAUGGGUCUCAGCGCUCGUGAGAAGCCCCUCCGUCCUACUGCAGUUGGCCGGAAGCGCCACGUUUCCCGGCUGGCGUCGGCCCCGAUGCUCCCUUCGGACUCCACAGCACCCAAACCUCCUCCCGCCGCAUUCUCUACCCCCUUCCCCUCCUCUGAUCCUGCCCUCUCAGCCGCUUACGUCUACCCAAGCCUAAAGCUUAAUCUCGGUCCCUGCUCUGACCCUAGCCCUAACCUUAACUUUAACGAAUUUGAUGAAUCUGAAUGGGGCUACUGUACUGAGGAGCAGCUUGAGGAGAUCGUUAUCAGUAACCUCGAUUGCUUGUACAAGGAGGCUAUCUCCCGUUUGGUCACCCUUGGCUAUGCCGAUGCCCUAGCGCUUCGGGCUGUUCUUUGCAACGGCCAUUGCUACGGCUCAAUGGACGCCGUCUCCAAUAUAAUGCAGAAUGCACUUGCUUACCUCAACACGGAAGCAGCCACCACCGCCGGCGAGAGGGAUCCGCCUGCCGGCGCCUUCUCUGACCUCCGCCAUCUUGAGGAGUAUUCUCUUGCUGGAAUGGUUUGCCUUCUUCAGCAGAUACGCGCCGACCUCUCACGCGGUGAGGCCAUGUGGUGCCUCCUCAUGAGCGGCCUACAUGUUAGCCGUGCAAGCUCCAUUGAGCUCCCUUCCCUCUCGGUUCCUGGUAAUCCUGAAUCGGUGGGCACCGUCUUAACGUCUGGCACUGCUUUCCCGUUUGUGGUGGGUCGUAAAGAUUCUGUUGACACCCAAUCACCAUCUGUCAAUGGUGUUGCUGCCCAUCCAUCUGAAAACGUGAAGCGUUUUCAUCAAAACUCACCAACACCAUUUCUGAAAUCUGUUCUAAAACCACACAAUACUGAGUAUUGUCCUGAGCUAAAUAUUCAGGGCAGGCAAAGUCCGCAACAUUUGGAGGAAGAGACAGAGGACCUGGUGCAGUUAGUACUUAAAAGCUUGGAGGUUAUGAGAAUUGAGGAUGACAAGUUUCAAGAUAAGGAGAUGCAGGACCAGAAGAAGGAGAUGAUCAUGGACCUUAUUUGCCAGAUCCGGGAGCUGGAAGGCCAGGUCAAUGAGAGGAAGGAAUGGGCUCAACAGAAGGCCAUGCAGGCCGCUCGGAAGCUGAGCAGCGACCUCCAUGAGCUUAGGGUGCUGAGAAUGGAACGGGAGGAGAACCAGAGGAGUGUGAAGGGGAAGCAGGUGCUGGAGGAAUCAACAAUGAAGAGACUUGCAGAAAUGGAGAGCUCUCUAAAGAAGGCUAGUGGGCAGGUUGAUCGUGCCAAUGCAGUCGUCAAGAAGCUGGAGACCGAGAAUGCUGAGAUAAGGGCUGAAAUGGAGGCAUCAAAGCUAAGUGCAUCCGAGUCGGUUACCGCGUGUAUGGAGGUUUCCAAGAGGGAGAAGAAGUGCCUGAAGAAGCUAGUGGCAUGGGAAAAGCAGAAAGGAAAGUUGCAAGAGGAGAUUGCUGAAAAGAGGAAGAAGAUUCUGUUGGUGCAGCAGCAGUUGGCUGAAAUGCAGGAGGCCACAAAACAAGCUGAGAUUAAGUGGAGACAUGAACUGAAGGAGAGGGAAGAAGCCCUUUCAGCCCUUGAAGUGGAACGCAGAGUGAGGGAAGCCGCUGAAGCUAACUGCAAGAGAAGGCAGGAUGGAUUGCGCCAAAAGAUUGAAAUUGAUUUUCAGAGAUAUAAGGACGACAUUCGUAGAUUAGAGGAGGAGCUCUCCAGGCAUCGGGAAGUAGCUGCAGCUGCCCGGCUGAUUCAAGCAGUAGAUUCAGACGCACCAAAAGUUUUUGUGGAAUCCUAUCCCAAGAUUUAUCUUCCUGUGCCACAAGAAUCGUCCCAUAAAAGCAACCACAGGUUAUGCUGGCUCUGUAGGGACGAUGAAGUCUCAGUCGUUUUCUUACCAUGCGCUCAUCAGGUUUUAUGUUACGGCUGCAAUGACGCCUCUAGCGGUGAAUGUCUAGCCUGCAAGAAACACAUAGAGGAAAGGAUCCAUGUUUAUGGUGCCAAAUCUUAGGAUUUUUUUUUUUUUUUUUUAAAUAUCUUUGUUGAGUUUCAGCUGCAAGGUCUUCUACAUAGAAUUUAAAUUAUAUCAAAUGAAUGAUGGGAUAAAACUUAAUUUUUGCUUUUCUAAUACUAUAGAUCCUUCUACAU